AUGAGGGAGGAUAUUUAUGCAAAUGCAGAAGUUUCAGCAGAAAAUCGAGCUGAUUCCUGUGACAGUGAGAAAUCAUAUGAAGAUAUUUAUAUGAAUGAAGACAAACUGGAGACCCAGAGGGCUGGAGGCUUUAAACAAUCUGAGAGCUCAGGAUGGACACAUUUCAGCACCAGUAUUUACUAUACCUCUACUGGUGCAAAAAGUUGGACUGAGAGCAGACAGGACUGCAGAGAGAGAGGAGCAGAUCUGGUGGUGAUAAACAGCAAAGAGGAACAGGAGUUCAUCAGUAAAUUGAGGAAAAACAGAAGAGCUUGGAUUGGUCUGAAUGACAGAGACAGAGAGGGCGAGUGGAAGUGGGUGGACGAUACGCAACUGACCAUUGAGUAUUGGUUGAAAGGAGAACCGAACAGUAAUGGAGGUGAAGAAGACUGUGCUGUAACAGGUGAAGGGUCUGAUCCUGUCAGGAACUGGGCUGAUUAUCCCUGUAAUACUGAGUUUAUUUGGAUCUGUGAGAAGAGAAAUUUAAACUGAGCUGUUGUAUAUGAAUAAAAAGCAGAAAAAUGGUAUGACAUUUUUAUCUGUGUAGAUCAGAGUGUUUUGUGUCUGAAAAAUCCUCUCUGUAAAUAUCAUUGUGUCACCUCUUUUCUGUUUUACCAUUUGGGAUCGUUGAGGAAAAUGGGACAGAUUCUGCAGCAGUGAUGUUUAAGCAUGAAUAUAAAUGUGGUUUAUGGUCAGCAAUCUGCUGUGAUGAUGCUUACGAUUUAAUUUACUUAAAUGAUCCUUUACUUUUAUAAAUCAUUAUACUCAGUGUAAAAUCACAGUACUUUUACACAGGGAAA